GCGGAAAGUUAUGUUCGGACGACGUUUUACAAGGCACGUUUGCCGCUUCAAUAAAAUGAAACAUCAGUACGCACUAUAUAUUAGCGACGCAAUUUUCAUACACUUGUUACAUUUAUUGUUGUUUUAUUUUAUGAUUUGUCUGACCUUUUCCUGUCUAACACGCGUUUGCUUGUAUUUUAUUACUUGCUUAUACAAAUUUGAAUUUCGCACUCGUCAGCUGCUUCCGUGCUUAUCGCUACUCUGACGUUUGUAAAUUUGACAAUAACUCCGGUGGCUGCUUUAUGACGCGUGACUUUUGGUGGGUGGCUAUUAUGGGUGUUAUUGGACAGCUCAUCACGCAUUGAUUUUGGCUUAUCAGCUAAUUAAUUUACAUAUGCUUGACAUUUGUAAGUGUAAAUCACGCGUGCGACACACUCAAUGUGAAUACAAGUGUUAAUACAUACAUAUCAAAACAAAUAUUAUUUACUAUCGCAAUUAAAUAUCAAUGUAAUUAUUACAAUGCACGUACGCCACAAGCCAGUUCCUCUAUAUACUCCACGUGUGUACGUGUGUGUGACGGCAAAGCCAUAAACAACAACUCUGCCGCUGCUCUUUGCGCUACCGUCACUGACUGCGUUGUAACGCCAGCUGCGCUUUUGGGCAGCGUGGCAGGGGUUUAUUCGUGCGUGCCGCCUAGGAGUUUCGUUCAAAUUGUAUUCGAACGCUGAAGCGAACGGUCGUACUAUUUCCCAAAAACUGCGAGAGUUUCAAUACUUAACCAAAAAGCAAAGAACUCAAUAUAAAAACUUGCAAUCAAAGUAAAAACAAUCACAAGAAAUUGAAAAUUUUCAAAAGUCAGAAGAAAGCGAAAAAGUGUUUCAAUUGUGUUGUGAAAAGAGUUUCGAAAAUACAAACAGUGUAAAAACUGCGCAAGUCUAAAUAAAAAUUUUUCGGUGUGAAUUUUUCAAGUUUUCGAAAAUUAUUUUUUAACAAAAAAUUAUUUAAAGAGAACAGUGAUUGCAAAUUGUGUAAGCUAAACGCUUAAAAAAAUCAAAACUUUUGCUUGAAAUUUCAAAAUCUGUUUUCGAAUUUUCAAACCGCUGCCAAAUAAAGCAAACACAUUUAAAUGAUCACACACUUACUAUCCUGAUAGUGUUUGCAGUGCUUUUCUGUGUGUGCGUCUUUCAAAUACCUGCCUAUUAUUUCCAUAAAAAAGUUGGCGUUUUUAAUAUCGUGUUGUAGACGAAAAGCUAACACAACAAAAUGGCUUUUGCAAUUAUGAGCCGUGGCUUUUUGCGCACUUCCAAAGAAAUGCUGGAACGCAGCAUCGCCGUGGGCAAUGCUGCAAUCUCCCAUUGUUUCAUGGACAUUGAAGCCAAUCAUUCCACCGUUGCACUUGUACAGCAUCGCUCGACUUGCACAGCUCUCAACGCUGCGACGCUGCCCACAGCUGGUUUUAUGAGGCCCGUCUGCAACGGCAGCUAUUGUCUGUUGAAGCCCAGGGUGAACAAUUCGUAUUUAAACAAGCGUAAAAGUAGCUCGAAGAAACAGGUGUCCACGGUAGCAUCAUCAAAGCGUGACGAAGAAAGUGAUAGCGAUUCGGAUUCCGACGAUGAAUUUGAACAAAAACGUGCGAGCGUACGCGCCAAGUACAGUGCGAGGGGCGAUUCCGAGUUCUGGCGUCGCAAAAUGCGCACACUCCACCGCAUACUCGACGUCAAUCGCGAUGGCGUUGUUUCAUUUGACGACUACAAAUUGAUUGCCAAGCGCUUCACGGACUUGGGUCAUCUCACGCCCGAGAUGUCGGCUGAGUUCGAAGAGGUCAUGCGUCAAACGUGGGUCGAGCAAUUCGGCGAAAUUACGCCAUAUAAUUUAGUGACUGCCGAGCAGUUCUUGGUGGAGGUGCAUCAUCGUCUCAACGACGAACAGUUGGAGAAGCGCAUUGGACGCUUUUUGCCCUAUUUAUUCAAGGCCGUUGAUUAUGAUCACACUGGCCACUUGGAUCUCGAACAGUAUAAGUUAUUCUUCCGCUGUCUGGGUCUUUCGGAUGAAGAUGCCGCUAUUUCCUUUGCUGUGAUAGACAAAAAUGGCGAUGGCCAAUUGUCCUUAAAGGAGUUUCUACAUUUGGGACGUCAAUUUUUCCUAACCGAAGACGAGACGAAAAUAUCGAAAAUGUUCUGGGGUCCAUUGAUCGAUCACUGACUUGUUGAACAUGCGUACACCGCUGUGUUGGAGUUGUUGGCGCGCGGCAAAUUUCACGAUCUACAUCGCGCGCAAUAUAUACUCUACAUACUCUGCAUGCAAAGUGUCUCGGAGCAAUUUGGUAUUUUCAACGACGACAUCUAUGGAGGAAACCCUUUGCUAAGACUAUUAUUUUAUGUUAAUACAUUUAUUUUUAUAACGGUAACGCUGCGUUCGUACGAACGUGGCGAUUUUAAGCAGUUUAUUGUAUAUCAUAUAAGACAAUUUAAUGAAUCACGUAAGAAAGCGAAAAAGAGAAGGAAAAAAAGAAGAAAACGAAAUUAAAAAACACAAACA